AUGACUUCAUUACUCGAUCUACCAUCCGAGAUUCGCCUGAUAAUAUACUCCCAUUUGCUCACGCCAAAUGAAUAUGUAAAAAGCUACCGAAAGCUGAGGGACCAAUGGUCACCAGUAGUCAGUGGUCCUCUUUGCGCCCUUCCUCGACCUUAUGUGAAGCGAUAUACACCAUGUAUUCUUCUCCUCAACAAAAGAAUCACUACCGAAGCUCUUCAUUAUCUAUAUCGAAUACCCCUCAACCUCUACGGCACUCCCAGCACAUAUUUUGUCAUGCGUCAGAUGGAUAUUACAGAAUUCAUCAGCGAGCAUUAUCUGCAGAGCAUUCGUGUUGGUGUUCUACGGUUAAACCAUGCCAACAAGCAUUUUGUCCUAUCACUCUUAGACAUAUGGGGUGCCGAGAACCGGCUAGAACGACUCGAUGUAUAUCGGCCUAAGACCCAGCUUGACAGUCAACACUGGAAAGUUCUUUGGACCUUCUCGAGUAUGGUCCCGGUUGUGUUCCAUGAAGUCGAUGAUCCGCCCAAGGUGUAA